GCCAUCUGAUCGCUGUUUCGCACCAACAUGCUCAAGCUGAUCAUCUGCGAACUCACUGACUUUCACGAACCGAACGAUCUGAUCCGUCCCGUACCUGCAUAGUUCCCCACUUGCUCGCUUUCGUAUCCGUGGCCUCUCACGUCAGCCCUACUAUCUCCAAUUCUGCAAGAUGGCAUUGAGGCGCCUAACAACCCUGUUUUCGAUUGCCUACGCAGCCAGUGCUCAGUCUACUGCACCAAGUGCUUGCUCGAGCACAAUUGCCCCACAGAAUGCGGCUCCUUCGGUGGCACCUGGUUUCCGUGUCGAGGUCGUCGCUAACAAUCUGACCCGUCCCCGGAGCAUUCAGUUCGAUUCGGAAGGUGCUUUAUUGGUGGUGGAGCAGACUCAGGGUGUCAGGAGAAUCAGACUUACUGGUAAUGGGAGUUGUGUGAGGCAAGAAGGGGGUAUCCAAAACGUGACUGACAAUACGAACCUGAAUCAUGGUCUGGCGCUUUCCGAAGAUAGUCGAACACUCUACGCCUCCUCAGCAAGUGCUGUCUAUGCCUGGGACUAUGAUGCUUCACAGGGUCAAACGACAUCUGACUCUCGCCAAGUCGUAGGCGACUUCGGUCCUACAGACGGACAUGUGACCAGGACGCUCCUUCUCAGUCAAAAUGCUCCUGGCAUGCUGCUGGUGAGUCGAGGAAGCGGACCGAAUGUCGACCUCCGUGCGCUCGACAGGUCAACAGCGAUCUCUACCAUCAAGGCCUUCAAUAUUACCAACGCCACUUCAGAGGGCUACAGUUAUAUCAGUAAUGGCCUUCUCCUUGGGUGGGGGCUGAGGAACAGUGUCGGUGUAGCCGAGGAGCCAGUGACUGGAGGUAUCUACUCGGUCGAGAACAGUGUCGACAACUUCCAACGAGGCACUGAGCUCAUCAGCGAGAAUAAUCCUGGAGAGGAGUUGAACUAUCAUGGAUAUCUGAACGGGACCCAAUAUGAGCAACAAGGCGGUAACUACGGCUAUCCAACAUGCUAUGCAGCCUGGAACCUGUCUGAGAUUCCAGACAAAGAAGGCAUCACUGUAGGUUCGCAAUUCGCUAUUGGUAGUCAGAACGACACUGUCAACGACAAAAAUUGCCGGGAUGCGCACAUCGCCCCCAGACUGGCUUUCCAAGCUCACAUGGCUCCCAUCGACAUCAAGUUCAACACCAACGGUACCGGCGCAUGGGUGUCAUUUCGCGGGUCAUGGAACCGCGAAGACCCCAUCGGCUACAAAGUCAGCUUCAUCCAGUUCGACGGCAACGGUUCACCAACCGCUGCAGCAAAUACCACGACCGCAACAGUCGACAUUGUUUCCAACCCGGAUCUCACCCAGUGCCCUAAUGGCUGCUUCCGUCCUGCAGGCCUGGCAUGGGACAACCAGGGCCGCUUGUUCUUCAGCAGUGAUGCGACCGGAGAGAUCUAUGUCAUCACCAGGGAAGAUGGCAGUGGUGUGAACAGCGUCAGCGAGGUGGGCUCGCAGACGAACGGCACUGGCACCUCGGGCGCGCCCUCACCAACUGGAAGUAGCAAUACCGCUGUCAUGAAGAGUCGGAAGGAUGCAAGUUUUUGGGUGGUGGGUGCAGCGGUGGUUGUAUUAGUACUUUAAGUGUGAUUCGCCGCAUUAAGAACACACGGUUGCUCUAUAGAUGAUCGAUAUGUAGGUGC